CGUUUCAGUUUGUAUUUUGCGGAUGUCGCGGGAGGUUCGUGCGUUCGCUCCGUUGUCGGUGUUUGGAAUUGAAUGUUUUUGAAACGGUGAUCGGGUCUUUUGUACGCCGGUACUUUGCAUAAAAUAAAAUCAAAAUUAAAAAAUACAAUGCCGUUACAAGUUCCAAUUGGAAAAUAAGUGCGGGAUACCCCUGAGUUCUUCGGAUCUCCUCGGAUUCUGCCUCCCACAGAGGCGCAACAGUUGUUUUGAAAUAAGAAUCUGUAUGGAAAUGAUAUCCGUGUGUGUUUUCGAAGAGUUAAACAAGAAGUUGGAUUUGUUAUUGGAAAGUACAAACACACAGCAGCACUUCUCCCAUAGACACACACUCGAUGCGGCCGAGCCAACAAAUCCCCAACAAAUCUUAAACCAGUUUUAAGAUACAUAUUCUUGGUGUCAGUGUGUGCAUGUUGAUUUUUUCUGGCAUUGUUUUCGUUUUUUUAUUUCGUGCUGCUGGCUCUGCAUCUUUUUUGUGUACCCUUUUCGCUUGCCUCUGCCUCUAAUCGCGUUUCCAUUUUCUGGCCGCCGUCCAGAUCCGAGGUUUUGGGUUUGGGCUCGUGGUCCGGCCGAGCAACAAGUACCCCUGCCUAGUACCUAUUGCUAUAUCCAUACCCAUACCAAGUGCCUGCCCGCGUCUCGCUCCGUCUCCCACCUGAAAACCCGAAAAACACGGAAAGAAACGAGCUUAGAUUCUAACGAGAUCAGCACGCCAGUUGGUAAUUGUGCCCCAAUUGGUCCAUUUUGACUGCUCUACGCGGCACCACGAAAAUCCGGCGUAGAUCGCACCAAUAAAUUUAAAAGACUACCAACAAAAGAGCUUCGAACAAUGUAACGACUACUUAAACGAUCUAAACACAAUCGAAAGGCGGAAAAUCAUCGUAUUGCCCAAAAAUAAAAUUGAACAGACCUCAAAACCACUUCAGCGAAAUCAGCAGCAUGUCUUCCGGCCUGAUGUCGUGUGUGAGGGAAAACUCGCCGCCGCUGGAAUCGGAGUUGGAUGCCAGUGCCGGUGGCCCAUUGUCGUUGCCGGAGGGCCACGCCCACGCAGUCACCUCCACGCCCAUCUCCAGUCCAGGAAACGAUGCCCACCAGUCCCCGACCGCCGAGCAACAACAUCAGCAACAAAAGCGUCGUCGCUUCCACCCGCUCCGCAACCUGCGUCGCAUCUUCCGGCGCCGUACAAUCAACAGCUCUGCGGAUAGUCCUGCAGCCUGUCCGUCGCCAGGACCCGGAUCCUGCAACACCUUGCCACCACCCGCCAGUAGCAGCAGUGAGAAGAACCUGCGCAGCGGGGUAGUCCUGCCGUCGGGAUCGCCUCUGAAUCCCCAACAGCUGGGCGAGAGCUACCAGACCCAGUCGCUACCCAAGUCCAAAUCCUACGGCUCCCAUCGCGAUGAACUGCUGAGCGUGCUCCUCGGCAAGAAGCGGGCCAGCAAGCAGGACCACAGCCAGGUCGCAGGGCACUCCCAGCUCCAGACCCAGUCCCAGUCCCAAUCACAUUCGCAGGCCCAACAGGAAGCCAUGUUCCAGGCCCAGCGUCAGCAUGGGGGCGUGGCCGUCUUUCCCGACGCCCUCGGCUUGAGCCGGAGCAGCUACUUCGCGGAGCAGCGAAUCCAACAGCGCCAUCUGCGCAGCGUGGGUGACUCCUCGCAGGAGCUGGAGUCGGGCUCCGGCUCGGGAUCAGGAUCGGGAUCGGCAUCAGGACCUAGUGGUGCCGCAGACAUCUCCGACAGCCAGCGCAGCCUCAGCGAGGGUCGCCUCCUGGAUGUGGACGGGGAUUACUCCCGAGAUACCUUGUCUCAGUCCCACGAUAGCGUCUUCUCCGAAUCGGCAACAGCCAGCAGUCUAUCCAUUGUACUCAAGGCGGAACUCACAGAUGUCUUGCGCAAGCGACGCAAUCGACCCGAUGCCUCCGACGAGGAUCUGGGUCUGCCCCGCAGCCCGGCCUCUCCCCAACGAAGGGCAGCGGGUGGUACCAGCAGCAGGAACGCCUCCGGCGUGGGUCACCAGUCGCGGGGUCACCAGAGCGAGGUGUCCUCGCUCAGCCUGUUAAGUGUUAACAGUGCCGAGGCGGAAACGGAGGACAGCCAGAGCUCCCAUCACCACCGCCACCACUCGCGUGUGUCCACCAGUUCCUCCAUCUCGGUGGGCUCGGACAUACUGCGAUCCCAUCAUGAGGACGACGUGGAUGCCGUGGGUGGGGAACGCCACCGCCUCUCACAUGCGGCGGCCAAGCACAAGAUGGCCAUCCGGCCGGCCAAGAAGAAGGGACCCACCAGGCAGCACCGCAUGACUCUGGAGACCUCCAUUCCGGAGGCCAACGAAGAUGUCCUGAAGAUGAGUCCCGGCCUAAGAGCUGUUCAUGAAGCAGACCUAAGGAGCAAGACGCGCUCUAUGCCACCGAAAACUCUGACUGCCAUUGCAUCCCCGGCCCAGGUGAUCACCGCCAGCUCGGUAACCACCAAGCGGACCAAGACAAUCGAGCAGAGCUCCACCCUCACCACAGUGACCAAGAGCUCAGCCUCCUCCACAUCACAGAUGUUCGGGCUUAGAGGUCUGACCACCAAGAGCAACACGUUGCUGGACAAUCGCGGAGAGUCCUCCACGGACGGGGAUGACUUCCUGGCCAACGAGCGGGAAAGGGAGAACGAGAGCGGCUUCCUGCGGCGCCUGAUCCACCGGAACUCCAAGCGGUCCAUUGCCAGGGCCAACGAUGGCGUGGACGACACGGAUUCCAGCCAGAGUGUGGCCAAGAAGCUGCAGAUCUCGACCUCCUGCUUGGAGGCCGCUGCUCGGGAACCCCUUCACGUGCCGGAUAAGUCGCGCAGUGCCACCUCCCACGAGCAGCACGUCCAGGAGACCCGCCAGACGAUCAAGCGGGAGAUUCACCACGAGGGCAAGCACGGCCUGAACGCCAUGGUCAGUAACUACGGCGUCCAUCCGCAACCGCCCACGGCAUUGAAGCCCAAGUCGGGUCCUGCCGCCAGGCAGCGCUACCUGCCCAAGGAACUGGGUGCUGCUCCGCAGGAGAAGAUCCCCUCCGCCAACGAUGUGACCAACCUGCUGUCGAAGAGCUCGCGGGGCAACGACACCUUCCAGUCCACCACUUUGGUGCGGGAACAGCAGACCAAAGUGGAGACCUCGGCGCACUUCGAGAGGAAGCCCCGGAUUGUGGGCCUGAGCGCCUUCCAGCAGAAGCUGUCGCGCUCCAGUGACUCAGUGGGCCAGCACUCCAGCUCCUCCAACUCCUUGGAGACCAGCACGGACGAGCCCUCGCCACUGUACUACGAGGAGAAGCAGCGCAAGACGGUGGAGAAGUCGCGCAGCUUCCGGAACUACGAGGAGGAGGGAGUGGACUCCGCGGCCAUGCACAACAACAUGCCGAGUUUGCCGGAUCUGUCGCUCAGUUUCCGGGUGCCCGCCCUCUACAAGCCCAGCACGCCCCAAUCCCCCUGUUCCCCCAUGUCGCCCAACGCCAAGUGCGUAUCCCUGGGCUUCGAGAUCAACGACAACAAGCUGCUCCAGGCACGAGCCGAAUCCGCUGGUCAGUUGCCAUUGAUGGCGAAGACCUCGCCGCAGAAGGCCACCACCACAAAGCUAAUUGUGAGCAGCCCGGGAUCGGCGAACAUCUCCCAGAUCGAGCAGAAUAUUGACCUGAUAGUGAAGUCACCGAUGGUGAACAUUCUGAGGAAGUCCGGCAAUGUGACGGAGAAGCUGCCCAAGGAGCCAUCUACUCCGGCCAAGCAGCGACCCAAGUUGCUGGACCUGGGAGCAAAGAUCACAGCACCUGCGGCCACUGCAAGUCCCAGUCCUGCGAGUCCCCUGACCAAGAGCGCCAAGCUCUCCAACAGUCCACCCACCACUCCGGCCAAGAACCAGAGCUCCUCCAGCAGCAGUCGCCGGAAUUCCAGCAAUGUGGAGGUCACUGGCGAGCCCGAGUUCAUGAAGAUCCAACUGAACCGCGUGGACCAGGCGCGUCUGCACAACAAGACCAACCACUUGGUGCUGGCCAAGAACUUGAAGUCGCCCACCGAGAGGAGUCAGAGCAGCGAUGACCUGAGCUUCAGGCGGAACAGCGGCGAGAACCUGGCGGGGAUUGAGAUUGUGGAGCAUCCGCAGCAGAAGCCUCCAAGUCCCGUGGUCAGGCCGACGACACUGGAACCCAGCUUGGGCCGCCAGUUGAGAUCCGUGAGUGCCAAUAGUGUGAGGACGAGCUACGGCAGCAGCAGUGAGGUAUUGGCCACCCAGGUCACACCUGCCACUACCCCCAGUACACCCAAGAGCAAUGGGUUUUCCAAGGCAGUUCCCAGGGAUGCAAAGGAGCAGGCCAGUCCCAGGGACUCGGCGAAGAGCAAUCGCCUCUCGCUGGAGGAUCGCAAGCGGCUGUUCCUUAGCGAGGAGCUAUCGAAAGGGGUGGAGCAGCGCAGGAAGUCCGUUACCAAGGGGGAGAGCUCUGCGCCACCCACUCCCUCGGUGACUCCAGCCACGCCCGCCAUCCCCGUCACCCCGGUCACUCCCACCACGCCCGAUCUGGUCGAGGUCAAUGGCAACAGCUCACCCACCUCCAAUCCCGUGGUGCUGCGCAAGAAAUCCUUUGCCAGCUGCAAUGGCAAUCCCAGUCCCUCCAAGGACGAUCCCACGCCGGAGCUGAUGAAGGUCUUUGCCCGCCGUUCGCUGAAGGUAAAGGAUGACGAUGUGGUGACCCUGGCACAGGUUCAAGCUACCGCUCCAGUGACCGUUGCCAAGAAGCUGCCGCCCAGUGGAGGCGGAGGCGGAGGUGGAGGGCAGAGCGUGGACAGCGACAAGGAGAACCAGUCGAACAGCGAGGAGAAGCUGGACAAGCUGGCGCCGAAGGGCGAGGCCCAGGUGACCCAUCAUCCCAGCAGCAAUCGCAACUCGGUGGCAGACUUCCGCAAUCUCAACAACAACAACAAUAACAACAACAACAAUCAGCAGCAGCAGAAGCUGCCGCCCAAGGUGGUCACCUAUCUGCCCCCCAUCAAGGUCAGCAAUCAAGGACGCAACAGCCUGAAUAACAACAUCAGCAACAACAAUGGGAGUGUAAAGCCCGCCGGCGAAAGGUUCUCCCUGCAACUGAAACAGGCCAAUCCGGCAGCAAUCACUCCAACGUCUCCGGCAGCAGCAGCCACACCCGUCGCCGUCCCCGCAGCAACACCAGCAACACCUGCAGCAGCAGCAGCAACACCCAACAAACCCAUCGAGAGGUCGGCCACCGUGGGCGAGUUCAAGGGAAUCCACCAGCGACGCGCCGAGUGGGAGCAGCGGGCCAAGGAGGCGCUGAAGUAGAUGGAGGAUGGAGAAUGGACGGAGGAGCAGGCGUUGCAGGAGUAGCUGAUCCUCGGCAGACCAGACUGUACCUAGCCUAGCUGCAAUCCAAGUGCUUUUGUCUAGUGAUGCUCUCUCCUUCAUGCAAUCCAAGCGGAUUGGGAGGCAACAAAAUUAUUAAGGGAAUAAUAAAAUUAUCAUUAUUAGAAUUAGCCCAAAACCUGUAAAGAAUCGCGAAAGAAAUCAAAGUUGAGGGCGCUGGUCGGGCGAGGUCAUCCAAAGACAAUAGCGACCUGCUCGGGUCCGGCUCCCAAGACACCAUAGGCAAUAACUAUAUACCGAUCUUCAAAAAGUGACUAGCAUAUACUUAUUUUUAGUCUAUCUGCGUACCGUUUACAAAUUGAAAACUAAGCUUCGUUUCGAAUUCGUUCUGUGCAUUUCAAAAAAUUUUAUACAAUAAACAAAGAAUGCAACUAACUCUUAACUGAAAAAAAAAACUGUAAGGACUGUGAGUAUAAUUACGAUUAGCAAGGAGCCUGAUAUUCGAAACAUCUGAUUUACGUUAAGUUGAUAUUUUGCAAGCUUUUAAUUGGUAGAAGAGAAUGAUUUUACUAUUUAGGCUAACUAUUAUUAUUUCUAGUAUCGUACCUAUUGUUUCAACAACCUUGUUUUUGCAUAAUCUUUGAAGUCUGCUGAGAUUACAAAUAACGAAUGGAAAUUUAAACAUAUUCUUACCCAAGCGUAUUUAAAAAAAUGCGAGUGUAAAAUUGUUGUUAAAGUGACAAGUUUGUAAAUGUAUAUAAAAAUAAACUAAUAAAUAUCCGAAAAAAUA